CAAGAUGAGCCUGAGAUCGAUAGAGUGCUACAGGCACACGGUAAAGAACAAGUGAGGCUAACUACGAUCCAAGGUGCCUACAGCAUUCUCUCACCGGUGCCCGAUGUACUUCAACAUACGCCCAACUUGCAUUCUUUCAGUUCAAGUUUGAAAGGAGGAUACAGAGAUUGCUUACGAAGCAUGCAUCGUAUGAAUGAUAGCAUCUAUCAAGCUGCAGCCGCUGGCAUAAUCAUAAUCAUCAUCAUCAUACUCAUCAUGAAUACGGACAAAUUGGGCUUAGCAACGAGAUGUAUUGGCCAACACGGUGAUGGCAUCGGAGAAGCUCGACUAACGACCAACGAAGGCUGGCCAGCAAGUGGAGUAACGUACAAUCGUAGCACUACAUUCACGCUCGCCCACCCUCCGACAAUCCGUGUCGUCGUACCAUCGAGUCGGUUGACCGCCAUUGGUCGAGCUUCUUCUCCCCAACCGGGCACUAUUGCACCUCGAGGGAGGGAUCGAUUUCCUAUGGUGCUUGUGGGUCGGUUGUAG